AUGGUGUCCGUCCCACUCGGUGGUACCCCGAGCAGUGUCGGGGAGUUAUCUCAGCCCAGUGAGACCCCCCAGACCACUGGGGCUGCUGGGCUGCUGGACGGCGAGGAGGGCCAGAGCAUCGGGACUGUCCGGCCCUCCUUGAUCCCACUCCUGCCUCAGUUGUCCGACCACUCUGCCGACGCUGACUUGACGCUGGACCUGACCCUGGGCGGUCCGGGCUCCUUCAUCAAUACCAGCACCGAGCUUGAGAUGAGCAGCUCCAGCUUUCGGGGGCUGUUCAUCUUCGCCUACUUCUCCAUCAUGUUCGUCUCCCUCUUUGGAAACUCUCUGGUCUGCAGCGUGAUUAUGAAGCGUAAGCGGGUCCACUCGGCCACCGGGCUCUUCAUCGUCAACCUAGCCGUGGCCAACAUCCUGAUUACAUUGCUGAACACACCUUUCACUUUGGUCAGUUUCGUCAGCAGCACUUGGGUCUUUGGAUAUAUGAUAUGUCACCUGAGUCGUUUUGUCCAAUACUGCUCCGUCUACGUUUCUGUGCUGACCCUGGCAGCCCUCGCUCUGGACCGACACCGGGUAACCCUGCAGCCUCUGAAGCCACGAAUGACUACCACGAAAGGCGGUAUCUAUGUCAUCAUCAUCUGGAUCCUGGCCAGCUGUUUCUCCUUGCCACAUGCUAUCUACCAGAGAUUGCCUCAGUUUGAUACUGUGAACAAAACCAACAGAAUGAUCUGCCUUCCCAGCUUCCCCCACUCUUCAGAUGGCAUCAGGAAGUACCUGGACUUGGUUACCUUCCUUUUCCUGUACAUCCUGCCCCUGGUGGUGAUUUCGGUCACCUACUCACUAAUGGCCAAGAAGCUGUGGCUGCGGAAUUCCAUCCGAGAUAUGGCCUCAGAGCAUUCCAUCAACCACCAACAGAAAAAAAGGAUGACCCUGAAGAUGCUGGUCAUGGUGGUAGUGGUCUUUGCCAUCUGUUGGCUCCCCCUCCAUUUCUAUGAGGUGCUCCUGUCCAGCAAGGCCAUCUACAGCCAUGAGGCUGUCUACUUUGCUUUCCACUGGUUUGCCAUGAGCAGCACUUGCUACAACCCCUUUAUCUACUACUGGCUCAACAAAAGUUUCCGUGAUGAGCUCAAGAUGGCUCUGCGUUCUUGGUGGCAGAAGGUGCUGAACUGUGGCCAUGGACAGCCCCCCAUCUCAUCCACCUUUCGACGUACCUGGAAGGAAUCUUACCCUUUCUGGGAUACCAGUUUGGGGAUACGCAGGCCCAAUGAGAAUUCCCCCCAGUGCGACCAGAUAGAUCUAUCUGGCAUCCAUCCCAUCAUAGAAAUGACUUGA